AUUCUGCAGAGGCGGUACUGCACAAAGUGUUUCUGAACCCAAAAGGGUAUGUAGAAAUGAACACCUGCAUAGUGGGAUUUCAAACUGCAAAGCUUACAGUUAUCUUUGUGCCACGUUUCGGUGAAUCUGUUUGAAGAAGUUGCUCCAUCAGCCUCAUCUGUGCCCGUCCGCAUGCUGAAAGGGACUUGGUCGAUUGCAUCAAUUCAAUUAACGUUGACAUUUCUGCCUUGCACAUGAAUUAAGGUGAAUUAGGAUUUGUAUUUUUUUCCCUCCAGAUAAAGGCAAAACCAACCAGAUGUGAAAAGCUUGGCCACACCUUGGAAUGAGUGGUAUUCUCUUCAGCUCCUCCUCCACAGCUCUUUUAAAAAACUAGCACCAGUUCAGAUGGGCUCCAUUGAAACCUACAGCAUAUUGAUGGCACCGUAGCUCUAUCAAAACUUCUGCCGCAAGAAUCAAGCUCAUCUGGAAUAGAGAACAUUCAAAGGCAGAGAGUUUUGUAUGCUGGUCGAGAGUCUAAAUAUGGCUUGGCACUACAGUACCAUAGGCCAAUUGGGGGGAUUAAUUAUCUCUCUCUUCGGCUGGGUCUCCUCUUGUGUUACAACUUCUAUACCUUUUUGGAAGAACCUCAACUUGGAAUUGAAUGAACUGGAGACAUGGAACACAGGGCUUUGGCAUGCCUGCGUCAUUCAGGAUGAAAACAUAAUGGAGUGCAAAAGCUAUGGCUCCCUCUUAACCCUCCCUUUGGAGUUCAGAAUCUCUAGGAUUGUAAUGGUUCUCUCUAAUGGACUGGGAUUCCUUGCCCUCUGUAUUUCUAUUUUGGGGUUGAACUGUCUGAAGAUAAGGGAAGAAAACCUGGAACUGAAAAAACGCCUCGGAAUCGCCGGAGGAAUUCUCUUCUGCAUUUCCGGAAUGGCAACCCUUGUGCCAGUCUCCUGGGUUGCCUACAACGUAGUGCAAGAAUUCUGGGAUAAAACUGUGCCAGAGAUUGUCCCAAGGUGGGGAUUCGGUGAAGCAUUGUUCCUGGGCUGGUUUGCUGGGUUUUUCCUCAUACUAGGUGGGUUUCUUCUGAUCUGCUCAACUUGUUUCCUACAAACCCAAAUAAAGUCCAAGCAGUUCGCUGUCCACCGUAAGCCAGAAGUGCGAAAGGAUCCCAGGUUACAAAGUCAUCAUCAGUACUUGCCACCUAAAAAUGCAGACCUUGUAAUCUGAGCUGCCUACUAAUGUCUCUUUACAGGUUUCAUGAGAACCAUUUGAGAUGGCCAGAAUGGCUUAUAUCUGACUGGCUGGAAACUGGGUUAUUGUCUAGGAUCCUUCCAAGCAUCCUUUAUGGAGCACUUUUUUUUUGAAAAAUAUGCUUGGGGAAGCAAACAUUCUGUACUUACAUGUGUCACACCAUUUUGUGUGGCAUUUUCAGUGGCAACAGGGAUACCCAUCUCAAUUACUGCAAUGCGGGAAACUUAAACAUGAAUGCAUAGAAAUAAAUUGUUUUCCUUCAAAAUU